AUGGGACAAUUACCAAACAGUUACGACGAUGCAAAAGGCCCAGUCGAGAGUUUUUUUUAUGUUUUUUACUUUGGUGCAGUUUCGUUUUUUAUGUCGAGUCGGUUUACGUGUCAACGGAAUGCAACAGAACAUUCGAUACUGUUAGCUCUCUUCUUAAUAAAAUCCUUUUCGUUUUCAACCGAUGGUAUUACACUCACUUAUGACCAUGAAGGUUGUGGUGGGUUUUUCUUUAGUCGUCUUGGGUAUUAUAUCAGUUUUGCGUUGGUUAGUUAUACGUACUAUUACUGGUGUAAAAUGUUUUGCGAAAACGAGAUCAAAGUAGUCAAUACUUUUCGGGUCAAAAUAGUAUUAGCAGUUGCAAAUGUAGUUACAGCCCUAACUAUAUUGGCAGCCUUUUUUCUUUAUUACAUUCUUUCUAACAAAGAAUGUCACGACAAUGGGACAUUCGCCGUUACCGUCAAUACUUGGGUUAUUAUCUCGGAAAAUUCGCUUCUAGCGAUAUUCUGUAUAUUUUUCUGUAUCUACCUUUUCGUAUCAUACCAACACGUAGUGAACCACUUUGUUUCUCUCCAAUCGAAACAGUCGUUCACUGUUGUUAUUAUCUGUUCUAUUUUUUUAACUUUAGAAAUGUGUAUUCGUGGCGCUUUCCAUCUAUACAAACCAAUCACUGGAAACUACAUGAACAACAUUUUAUUCAUCUCGGGAACGCACUUUAUCCCUGAUACCAUCGAAGCAAUUGUCAUUCUUAUUAUAUGGUCUUUAGACUCUAUAUCAGAAGCGGUGAGUCGCCAUGAUGAGAAGUACCUUAUCCAGCAAUCCGAAACUAUCAUACUCAACACCACGUCGAGAUUCUUCGACACACUAGCAGAAAAGAACAGAGACACAUUCACUAAAUUGAUGGCAAACGAUGAGGUUACCAUCAAAGAUGCUGAUUACAGGAAGUCCCACCAGUUUUCAAACUCGGCGAUUAUUGAAGACUCUAACCAAUCUAUUUUGUAA